CGACACAGCCCCGGCACACCCCGGCACGGCUCCGGCACAGCCCGCGGCGGGGGCGGGCCCGCGGCGGAGGGGUCGCUGCGAAGCCCCGGCCGUCCCCUCCGCGGGUUACCUGCCCGGCCCAGGUGGGGCGGUGCAGAGCGGAGGAGGCUGUUUUGGAGGUUGCCGCCGCUUCUGAUGGAUGUUUUGUGUGUGUUUGCCUCCGCUCCCGGGUUCUCUUUCAUCUGAGGACGCAUCUGGCUCGAGCUCUGUUAAACUAUCUGCCUUCUGGUACCGUUCGUAGAUAACAGAAAGAAACCCGAGCCCGAAAGGCAAUUCCCCACCUUCUUCCACCUAACGUGACCUUCUCGGGCGCCUUUGAAGCUUUGCUGGUGCUCCGGCGAUGAUGGCAGUGGUGGGUUCCCUUGGGCUGUACUAAGAGCCUCUCGUUUUCUUUUCCCUUUCUUCUUAGAGGCAUUUCAUCUUUAAGGGCCGGCUGCUCGCGCUCACUUUUAUACCCACUGAAGCGAUCAAGAACCAUGUUGUCUGGUGGAAGAAGUGCGUUCCUGUGCCUUGGAAUGAUCCUGAGCUUUUGGAGCUCCUUGAGUUGGAUGCCUGUUGGAGGAUGCCCGCAUAAGUGUACGUGUAUUGCUUCCAACGUGGAUUGUCAUGGACUGGGACUCAAAACUGUACCGAGGGAUAUUCCCAGGAAUGCAGAGAGACUGGAUCUAGAAAAAAAUAACAUCACAAGAAUCACAAAGACAGACUUCACGGGGCUGAAGAAUCUUCGUGUCUUACACUUGGAAGAAAAUCAGAUCAGUGUGAUAGAACGUGGAGCUUUUCAGGAUCUGAAACAACUUGAACGGCUGCGUCUGAACAAGAAUAAAUUGCAAGUUCUUCCCGAGCUGCUUUUUCAGAACACACAGAAGUUAACUAGGCUAGACCUGAGUGAAAACCAGAUAAAAGGAAUCCCUAGAAAGGCCUUUCGAGGAAUCAUUGAUGUGAAGAACUUGCAACUGGACAACAACCAGAUCAGCUGCAUCGAAGAUGGAGCCUUCCGAGCCCUGCGCGACCUGGAGAUCCUUACCCUCAACAAUAACAACAUCACCCGCAUUCCUGUCACCAGCUUCAAUCACAUGCCAAAGAUCAGGACUCUGCGGCUCCACUCCAACUUCCUGCACUGCGACUGCCACCUGGCCUGGCUGUCGGACUGGCUGCGCCAGCGCCGCACCAUCGGCCAGUUCACCUUCUGCCUGGCGCCCGUCGGCCUGCGCGGCUUCCUCGUGGCUGAGGUGCAGAAGAAGGACUUUGUCUGCUCUGGUUCCCAGUCCGAGCCCCCGUCGUGCAGCACCAGUUCCAUCACUUGCCCUUCUGCCUGCACCUGCAGCAACAAUGUCGUGGAUUGUCGGGGAAGGGGCUUAACAGAGAUCCCAGCCAACCUCCCAGAGGACAUUUGGGAAAUACGUUUGGAACAAAACCUCAUCAAAAUCAUUCCCCCUGGAGCUUUCACCCAGUACAAGAAGCUUAAGAGAAUAGACAUCAGCAAGAAUCAAAUAACCGACAUUGCACCUGAUGCAUUCAAAGGCUUGAAAUCUCUCAUUUCAUUAGUGCUCUAUGGAAACAAGAUCACGGAGAUUCCCCAGGGCCUUUUUGAUGAUCUUGUGUCUCUGCAGCUGCUGCUUCUCAAUGCCAACAAGAUCAACUGCCUGAGGGUAAACACGUUCCAAGGUCUGCAUAAUCUCAAACUGUUAUCUCUUUAUGACAACAAACUGCAGACCAUCAGCAAGGGGCUCUUUGCACCUCUGCGAUCGAUCCAGACUCUACAUUUAGCUCAGAACCCAUUUGUGUGCGACUGCCAUCUGAAGUGGCUGGCUGAUUACCUGCAGGAUAAUCCGAUCGAGACGAGCGGCGCUCGCUGCAGCAAUCCCCGUCGCCUUGCCAACAAACGCAUCAGCCAGAUCAAGAGCAAGAAGUUCCGCUGCUCAGGGUCAGAGGAUUACAGAAGUAAAUUCACUGGGAAGUGUUUCAUGGACCUUGUCUGUCCCGAGAAGUGUCGCUGCGAGGGGACAAUCGUAGACUGCUCGAACCAAAAACUCACCCGACUGCCCACUCACCUUCCUGAGUACACCACUGAUCUGCGUCUGAAUGACAAUGAUAUUUCUGUUUUGGAAGCUAUUGGACUCUUCAAGAAAUUGCCCAACCUCAGGAAAAUAAAUCUAAGCAACAAUAAGAUCAAGGAGAUCCGAGAAGGCACCUUUGAUGGAGCUUCAGGAGUGCAGGAGCUGAUCCUGACAGAGAACCAGCUGGAAUCUGUGCAUGGACGGAUGUUCAGGGGCCUCACAGGGCUGAAGACCCUGAUGCUGAGGAGCAACUCUAUCAGCUGUAUAAACAACGACACCUUUGCUGGCCUGAGCUCAGUGAGGCUCCUUUCUCUGUAUGACAAUCACAUCAGCACCAUCACCCCUGGAGCCUUCAGCACACUGGUCUCUUUGUCUACAAUUAAUUUGCUGGCUAACUCUUUUAAUUGUAACUGCCAUUUGGCCUGGCUGGGGAAAUGGCUGAGGAAGAAGAGAAUUGUCAGUGGAAACCCACGCUGCUUGAAACCCUUUUUCUUAAAGGAUAUUCCAAUCCAAGAUGUAGAUGUCCAGGACUUCACCUGUGAUGGCAAUGAUGAAAGCAGCUGCUUGCUUUCCCCUCCUUGUCCUUCCCAGUGUACCUGUGUGGACUCGGUGGUUCGCUGCAGCAACAAAGGGCUGCGGAUGCUGCCCAGGGGAAUUCCCAAGGACGUGACUGAGCUAUACUUGGAAGGAAACCAUCUGCCUGCUGUGCCGAAGGGGCUCUCUGCCUUCAGACACCUGACACUGAUUGAUUUGAGCAACAACAGCAUCAGUGUAUUGGCCAACCACACCUUCAGCAACAUGACUCAGUUAUCAACGCUCAUCCUGAGUUACAACAGGCUCCGGUGCAUCCCCGUCCACGCCUUCAACGGGCUCCGGUCUCUGCGAGUGCUGACACUCCAUGGAAACGAUAUUUCCAGUGUUCCCGAAGGUUCUUUCAAUGACCUGGUGUCCCUGUCCCAUCUGGCUCUGGGCACCAACCCCCUGCACUGCGACUGCCACCUGCGCUGGCUCUCCGAGUGGGUGAAGGCGGGAUACAAGGAGCCUGGGAUCGCCCGCUGCCGCGGCCCCGAAGCCAUGGUGGACAGGCUGCUGCUCACCACCCCCACCCACCACUUCCAGUGCAAAGAGCCGGUGGAUCUCAGUGUUGUGUCCAAGUGCAAUCCCUGCCUCUCCAACCCCUGCAAGAACAAUGGGACAUGCAGCAGUGACCCAGUGGAGCUUUACCAGUGCACUUGCCCUUUUGGUUUCAAGGGUCAAGACUGCAGUGUGCCCAUUAAUUCCUGCAUUCAAAAUCCAUGUCAGAAUGGAGGGACCUGCCACCUCACCGAGGCAAACAAAGAUGGAUUCAGCUGUUCUUGUCUUCUUGGGUAUGAGGGGGAGAGGUGUGAAAUAAACCCAGAUGACUGUGAAGAUAAUGACUGUGAGAAUAACUCUACAUGUGUGGAUGGGAUCAACAACUAUGUGUGUCUCUGCCCUCCUAAUUACACAGGUGAACUGUGUGACGAGGUGAUUAACCACUGUGUUCCUGAUCUAAAUCCCUGCCAACAUGAGUCCAAAUGUGUUUCCCUGGACAAAGGAACCAGAUGCGAGUGCUUGCCGGGUUACAGCGGCAAGCACUGCGAAGUGGAUGAUGACGACUGUGUGGGCCACAAGUGCCGGCACGGAGCCGCCUGCGUGGAUGCGGUCAAUGGCUACACCUGCGUGUGCCCGCAGGGCUUCAGUGGGCUGUUCUGCGAGACCCCCCCGCCGAUGGUGCUGCUGCAGACGAGCCCCUGUGACAACUACGAGUGCCAGAACGGCGCCCAGUGCAUCGUGGUGCAGCACGAGCCCGUGUGCCGCUGCCUCGCCGGCUUCGCGGGCCAGCGCUGCGAGAAGCUCAUCACCGUCAACUUCGUGGGCAAGGACUCCUACGUGGAGCUGCCCUCAGCCAAAAUCCGCCCGCAGGCAAACAUCUCCCUCCAGGUAGCCACGGACAAGGACAAUGGCAUCUUAUUGUACAAAGGAGACAAUGAUCCUUUGGCUCUGGAGUUGUACCAAGGACACGUGAGGCUCAUCUAUGACACCCUGAACUCCCCACCUACCACAGUGUACAGUGUGGAAACAGUUAAUGAUGGGCAGUUUCACAGUGUGGAACUUGUGAUGCUGAACCAAACUCUGAACCUGGUGGUGGACAAGGGGGCUCCCAAGAGUCUGGGAAAGCUCCAGAAACAGUCUUCUGUCAGCCUCAACACACCCCUCUACAUUGGAGGGAUCCCAACCUCUACUGGAUUAUCAUCCCUGCGCCAGGGUGCAGAUAAGACACCAAAUGGUUUUCAUGGGUGCAUUCAUGACGUCCGCAUCAACAACGAGCUGCAGGAUUUCAAGGACUUACCACAGCAGUCACUGGGAGUCCUUCCUGGCUGCAAAUCCUGUAACAUCUGCAAGCACGGGAUUUGCCGAUCCCUGGAGAAAACGAGUGUGAUUUGUGAAUGUCACCCAGGCUGGAUGGGCCCUCUGUGUGACCAGGAAAUUGGAGAUCCAUGUCUUAACCACAAGUGUCUGCAUGGUAAGUGCACGGCGGCCGGCACUGCUUACACCUGUAAGUGCAUGGAGGGCUACACGGGCAUGUACUGCGACAAGAAGAACAAUUCCUCAAACCCCUGCAGGACUUUGAAAUGCAGCCACGGGCAGUGUAAGGUCUCGGAGCAUGGGGAGCCCUACUGUGAAUGUGACCCCGGCUACAGCGGAGAGCUUUGUGACAGAGAGAACCUCUGCCAAGGAGACACCAUUCGAGAAGUGGUCCGUAAGCAGCAUGGCUACACAUCGUGUGCCACCGCCUCCAAAGUGCCGCGCCUGGAGUGCCGCGGCAGCUGCGGCAGCAGUGGGCAGUGCUGCGUCCCCCUGCGCAGCAAGCGGAGGAAAUACUUCUUCCAGUGCGUGGAUGGCUCCACCUUCACGGAAGAACUGGAGAGACAUGUGGAAUGCGGCUGCUCAAAGUGCUUAUAAGCCAUUCUCCAGUCUCUUGCCACUUUAAUCGACUCAGAAGCGCUAGCAAAAUGGGACCUAUUUACUUUCAGAGUGAAGAAGAAGAAAAGAAUUAUUAAGUAUAUUGUAAAAUAAGCAAAAAAUAGAACUUAUUUUUAUUAUGGAAAGUGACUAUUUUCAUCUUUUAUUAUAUAAAGUAUCACACCACUUUGGGUAUAUGUAUCAUAUAGUGAGCUAUUUUUACCAUGAAACUUUUUUAACAGUUGUAAGAAAAAAAAAUUCAAAAGCUAAAAGGUUAAAAAAAAUAUAUAUAUAAAGAAAAAAUAGCCUAACAGGAGGAGUGUGGGGUGACUUUAAGUGUAUGCACAAUGAACAGACGUAAAGGUGUUCCAAGGACCCGCCACCGGACUGAUACAGGCUGAAGAAAGCUCCGAGGCGCUGGCUGGGAGUUCCAGGUGAGGAAUCCCCGUGACCAACUGCAUCCAGGCACCCGGAGAGCCUCCCCAGCCCCUUCUCUUCCCAACACUGCCAACGCUGGUUUGCUCCUGUACAGUGGCCUCGCUUGCUGUUCGUGAACUGGUUCCCUGGAGCACACAGGCACUGCCGUAGCUUGAGGCUAAUUACAUUAUUUGACUAUUGUAAUACUAUAAUACAUUUUUUGCUGUGUAUGUUGUAUUUAUCUGUGUUCACGUUAUAUUCUGCAGCAACUGUAUCUAUAGAGCACAGGCAGCUUUAUCCAAAAGAAGGGUGCGAAGGGAAAGGAAGUGGAGAAAUUUAUGUUGCUUUGGGUAAUUUGGGGGCAAAAUGUGAAAUAAGUGCUAAGUGAUGCCUAAUAAAUGACAUAAUACUUCUGUGUAAACUCCUCAGCUAUGUUAUUUCCCAAGUUUGUGCCUUCUUGCUCCCAGUCUUGAGCCCUUUUUUGUAUAUGAAAUGUAAGGAAUGCACUGCUACAUAGUUUAUCACACCUUGACACUUUAACUUGUAAAGGUUGUAAAGAGAAUGAAAAUACCGCAGGUGCCAGAACGCGCCUGCAACGUAUCAGCUUUUACUGCCACUGUCACUUGAGCCACGGGUGUGAGCUGGGCUGUGGCUGCUGCUCAGCCACACGCUGGCCCUGAGCAGCUGCCUGCCUCCCCACAGCCUUCCGAGCGAGCACAAGUUGCACUAUGUCCAUGUGAAGGUAUUCAGCUGACUCCUGUCCGCCCCAGCAGCGCUCUCCUGCCCCGGGAGAGGUGUCACAGCUCCACCCAGUGCAGCCUGACCAGCUCAGCCGAAGCGCUCCGUGUCCUGCACUUGUGCCCCCCGAAGGACCCACACUCACUUGAGCUGUGUUCGGAGCAAUUGAUGAGUAGGAAAUGGAAAUCAACGCAGGGAUAAAUUCUCAGUGUGGAUGUGAGGGAAAAAUUGACUCUGGGAGUAAGUUUGAUUUUUGAAGGGUUUUUAUCAGGGCUGCCUUUCCGAGUCAGGACAUACAUGCAAAGAGCACCAUGGAUACCUUGAAUUUUCUCUUACUGUAAGUUUCAAACCUCCCCAUCAACAACUGUUCUAUUAUCUGUGUAAUUUCUCUCUUUCUCUAAUGGAGUAAGUAUUAUGAUCCUUUCUUCAAGUUCUCUCUCUCUAAGAAAGGUAGUCAGAGAUGUUUCCUAGCAGCCAUAAAGUCCUUCUGGGAAUGCUUCUGGUCUCACCAAAAGGCUUUCGGAUCAGGGGAUUCAGCAAAGGAUGAGUAGGAAAGUUGACUCAAGAUAAUGGGGCUUUGAUUUCCUUUGGGCUUUGGAAGGAUGCACAAAAUGUAACCCUGCCAUGACAAGUAGAAAUGUGUAUUUCCCACUAAAGCAAAGAGACUGUCUAGCUAUAAUACAGCCAGAAAGCUGUAACAUGCUUAUUGUUCUUCUGCUAUGUCAGUCCCUCCUUAACUGCAGCAGUUCAUUCAUAUUUCUCUAUUACGACCAGAGCAAUGUGAGCAGAAGGGACAUAACCAAUGUAACAGCCAUCUCAAAAAAUCAUCAAAAUAAAUAUCAGUACAUGGAGCUGGCAAUCAGUGAAACAUAAAACAGUCAGUAGUUAAUGUGCCAGACUCUGAUUGAUACAUAACAGCUCAAAAGCCAGGCAAAAACUAACCCUGGUUGCAAGUACCAUGGACUGCUUUUUGGUUUUAAUAUAACAUCAGCAGCUCAUAGCAGCUGGGGUUCAUGGAGUACGACAAAUAUCACCUAAACCACAACCUACAUGUUUCAAAAAUUCAUGCAAGUAACUGCAAACACUUGUGCAAAUAUGUGCCAGGCACACUACUACCAUUAAUGUUUCAUUCCUGCUUAAAAACAUUUUGAUUUCUAAAGAAGCAGCUGCUGUGGUGUCAGGCAGAAGAAGUCCAGCCUAGCAGUGGCUCACCAGCCCUCAGAUUUGUAGCCACUCGACUGCCAAGGCCUGCAGAAACACAGCCCCUCUUGAACCUGUCCAAACCUGUGUUCACUUUGUCACUUGAGCAGCAGCACUGUGAGAAAGAGGGUGACAUUUAUGGGUGGCCUCACACCUGCUGGAGGGUGCUUUGAGAGCAAUGGCCUGCCAAGGCAAAAGCCAUCAACAUCUUGUUAACACAUCACUCUGGGAUUUACUUAAGCCAAGCCUUGCAGCAAAGUGACCAGCAACAACUCAGCAAGGCCGGCCCUGCUCCUGGCCCUUUUCUGUCAUGGCACUUCAGUGUUAAGCAUUGGGAUAAAGAACUAAGAAAGUAUCUAUUUUGUAACCAAAUGAUGCAAUUUUUGUAUGCUUUUAGGCAGCACUUGCCACUGGAUAGUGAUGCUUUAUGUCCAUGAUUCUCUGACUUGCUAUAGAAUUAUUUUAUGUUAAGAAGAAAAUAAAAAGCAUUCAGAUGUGCCAAAAAACGUGAGGUCAACUGAAGUGUAAUUAGCUCUGAAAGUUCCUCUGUAACCUGCCUAAUGUUACAAUAGAUUUCAAGAACUGUGGGUACAAUGCAGUAGUUUUUACCUCCAGAAAGUUUUAAUAUAAAGUGAAGAAAGAUGCUUACCCUUUAAAAAUGGCAAUGCAGACUGGUGUGAACUGAUGUAUUUUAUUAUUAGAUUCUCAUUGUGAUGUAAGUUUAAAUAAAUUGUUGGGUUAUGGAAGAUUGUAA